AUGGCAGCGGCCGCCGGUCUCCGCGUUGCUGUCGGUGUGCAGCUCUGCGAUCCCAACCGCAUCGACGCUGAGAUCAAGGUGGUCUGCGAUGGCUACGCACGGAACCCGUGGGCCGUCGAGGCUGUCUACGUCGGCAACGAAGACCUACAGAACAAUGGAUUCGGUAAGUACUCGGCCGACCAGCUCGUCGGCUUCAUCAACCGCGUGCGUAGCUGCGUGGGCAAGACGCCCAUCGGAUCGGUGCAGCGCAUCAACGAGUGGCUGAGCGCCAAUGACGCGUGGAAGCUGGCUAACACCGUGGACAGCAUCGGCGUCAACAUCUACCCAUUCUUCAUGUAA